AUGGCUCAGGAGAACGUGUGUAAUGUCGAUCACCAGAACAAGGCAGGGUACACGCCUAUCAUGUUGGCUGCCCUCGCAGCCGUGGAGGCAGAGAAGGACAUGCAGGUUGUAGAAGAACUCUUCAGCUGUGGAGACGUGAACGCCAAGGCCAGUCAGGCAGGACAGACAGCCCUCAUGCUGGCUGUCAGUCAUGGACGGAUAGACAUGGUGAAGGGCCUCCUGGCCUGUGGGGCUGACGUCAACAUCCAGGACGACGAGGGCUCCACUGCCCUCAUGUGUGCCAGUGAACAUGGGCAUGUGGAGACUGUGAAGCUGCUGCUGGCCCAGCCGGGCUGCAAUGGCCACCUGGAGGACAAUGAUGGCAGCACCGCUCUCUCCAUAGCCCUGGAAGCUGGACACAAGGACACUGCCGUUCUUCUGUAUGCCCACCUCAACUUCUCGAAAGCCCAGUCUCCAGGCACCCCGAGGCUUGGACGAAAGACAUCUCCUGGUCCCACUCACCGAGGUUCUUUUGACUGAUUAUGUAAACACGGCCCUCAUGUGUACCACCAUGAAGCUGCUAGUUAUUCCUGUUGGGGUGACAGAUACUGAAUGUAUAUGGACCAUGCCAAGCUGACCAGCAAAACAGAAGUGUAAAGGAGCAGGCUGAAGGCUGAUGCUUUUUCAGGGAAAGCAAAGCUACUGGGAAAUGGCUAAGCUAGGUGCAGGCCACCUCUCUAGCCCUCCGCUCUUGUAGG